GCGUGGUCUGACUGGGUGACGUCACGCGGGAGGAGUGGCCGCCCGCUUCCUUCCUUCCUCGGAUAGAGCUGCUCGGGACACCGGUGGGAGCUUCCGCUUUCCUUUGGAGCGUGUCGGGGGGGAACGCAGCGCCAAGAAGCCGAGUCUAGCGGACGACAGCUGGGUCAAUGUGUGAUUGCUGACAGGCCGGGAUCAUGGCGGCUAUAAGGCUUGUGUUCCUGCUGUCUUGGGCGGCCAGUUCGGGAGGUCAAUAUGGAAACCCGUUGAACAAUUACAUUAGGCAUUAUGAAGGUUUAACUUAUGACACAGACUCCUUACACCAAAAACACCAACGUGCCAAGAGAGCUAUAUCUCAUGCGGAUCAGUUUGUACACUUGGAUUUUCAUGCCCAUGGCAGGCAGUUCAACCUUCGGAUGAAGAGGGAUGAGUCUCUUUUUUCUCCUGACUUCAAGCUAGAAAUGGGAAGAGAAACUGAAGAUUAUGACACUUCUCAUAUAUACAGUGGGCAGGUCUUUGGAGAACAAGGAACAAUGAGUCAUGGAUCUGUAUUGAACGGCAGGUUUGAAGGCUUUAUUAAAACGCCUCAAGGCACCUUUUAUGUGGAGCCAGCAGAAAGAUAUUUUAAGGACCGAGCCGUUCCAUUUCAUUCCGUCAUGUAUCAUGAAGAUGAUGUCAAGUAUCCUCAUAAAUAUGGAGCUCAGGGGGGAUGUGCAGAUCACUCCGUGUUUGAAAGAAUGAAAUUAUAUCAGAUGUCGGCUCAAACUGCACCAGAGAAACAGGAACAUAUGGACGAACAUGAAGAGAUUGGUCCUGUCAUCCUUAGGAAGAAGCGAGCAGCUCAGGCAGAGAAAAAUACUUGUCAGCUCUACAUUCAGACCGAUCACCUAUUUUUCAAGCGGUAUGGAGAAACCAGAGAAGCCGUGAUAGCCCAGAUAUCCAGCCAUGUAAAAGCCAUUGACACCAUCUAUCAGUCAACUGAUUUUAUGGGAAUUCGAAACAUUAGCUUCAUGGUGAAGCGCAUUCGGAUCAACACUACAGCUGAUGAGAAAGAUCCUUCAAAUCCUUUUCGCUUUCCCAAUAUUGGCGUGGAGAAGUUUCUGGAGCUAAAUUCUGAACAGAACCAUGAUGAUUACUGUUUGGCUUAUGUGUUUACAGACAGAGAUUUUGAUGACGGUGUCCUUGGGCUUGCUUGGGUUGGAGCCCCUUCAGGCAGUUCUGGUGGAAUAUGCGAAAAGAGCAAACUCUAUUCUGAUGGCAAGAAGAAGUCCCUGAACACCGGAAUCAUCACUGUACAAAAUUAUGGCUCCCAUGUUCCUCCCAAAGUCUCUCAUAUCACAUUUGCUCAUGAAGUUGGCCAUAACUUUGGUUCUCCACAUGAUUCUGGCUCUGAAUGUACUCCAGGAGAGUCAAAGAAUGUUGGAUUCAAGGAGCAUGGCAAUUUUAUCAUGUAUGCCAGAGCUACAUCUGGGGACAAACUGAACAACAACAAAUUCUCUCUCUGUAGUGUCCGAAAUAUCAGUCAGGUUCUGGAUAAGAAAAGGAAUUACUGUUUUGUUGAGUCUGGCCAGCCUAUAUGUGGUAAUGGGCUUGUGGAACAAGGAGAGGAGUGUGAUUGUGGUUACAGUGACCAGUGUAAAGAUGAAUGCUGCUUCAAUGCAAAUGAGCCAGAAGACCGGAAAUGCAAAUUAAAGCCCGGGAAACACUGCAGUCCUAGCCAAGGUCCCUGUUGUACACCACAGUGCUCCUUCAAGGACCGCUCUCAGAAAUGCCGUGAUGAAUCUGACUGUGCACAAAUGGGAAUUUGCAAUGGUUUUUCUGCACAGUGUCCACCAUCUGAGCCUAGAGAGAAUUUAACAGAGUGUAACCGUCAAACCCAAGUCUGCAUCAAAGGGCAAUGUGCAGGUUCCAUCUGUGAAAAGUAUGACCUUGAAGAGUGCACAUGCGCUAGUACUGAUGGCAAAGAUGAUAAAGAGCUGUGUCAUGUCUGCUGCAUGGAAAAACUGAAACCUCUCACCUGUGCAAGUACUGGAUCUGAUAUAUGGAAAAGUUUCUUCAAGGGUAAAACCAUCACUCUCCAGCCAGGAUCACCCUGCAAUGAGUUCAAAGGAUAUUGUGAUGUCUUCAUGCGAUGCCGAUUGGUUGAUGCUGAUGGUCCUUUGGCUCGAUUGAAAAAGGCUAUAUUCAACCCAGAACUGUAUGAAAAUAUUGCUGAAUGGAUUGUGGCUCACUGGUGGGCUGUAUUGUUAAUGGGAAUAGCACUGAUCAUGUUGAUGGCUGGGUUCAUCAAGAUUUGCAGCGUACAUACACCGAGCAGCAAUCCCAAAUUGCCACCACCCAAACCUCUUCCAGGCACAUUGAAGAGGAGGAGACCACCACAAACAACCCAGCAACCUCCACGCCAGAGACCACGAGAAAGUUACCAGAUGGGACACAUGAGACGUUAACUACAGCUUUUUAUUUUGCCUUUUGGUUCUUCCUAGUGCCUACCAUGGGAAAGAUUCACUCCAAAGAAAUACCUACAGUCACUAUUUCCUCUUGUUAGCAACCAAGAAAUGGAUUUUGACAUGAGGAGGAAAAUGGGACCGUGCUGUUGUACACACUGGAGGGGGAGCUCUAACUUUUUAACACUCUUUAACAAGCUCCUGUUGAAAAAUAACCAGAAUUUUAAAUUUUUUUAACUUCCCUGAAGGCAUAAAGUAUUAGAAUAUCAUUAAUUCUUGUUUUUAUGCCCCCUUCAUUCUUUACGUUUUUUGUUUCCUUCCAGCAAAACUUUUAUUAAUUGCUGAGCAACAAAGUCUAUUUUUUUUUCUUAAUAUAAAACUGCCAACCAAGGCUAGGAAGACAGAGACCACCUCAGCAUUGGAGAACAUCUCUUGCCAAUGUACAUACUUUGUUAUAUGCAGACGUUUAUUUCUAAUGUACAAGCAUAUGUCUAUGUGCAAUUGUAAAAACAAAUUGCAAUAUGGAUACGUUACUUUGUAUUAUAAUUUUUUCCACUGUUAAUGAAGACAUUACUGUUUAAGUGACAUACUCAGGAUAACAAAGGAUUUGAUGUGUAUAAAGGCGACUUACUAUAUAUAUCUAUAAAUAUAUAUAAAUAUUUUUUUUUCCAUUUUGUUUAACAAGGAAAGGAAAAUAUUCAUUUUCCUUGCUAGGCUUCUUAGGAUCAGAGUUGAUUAGAGUGCUCAUGUCAUCCUUUUUUUUAUUUCUACAACAAGCGGCUUUCUCUAUGAGACUUGAAUGUUCUCCUGGCUAACUACAAAUGUAUCAUAAUCUAAAACCACUCUAGACGUCAAGAUUCCUUAUUGUGUGAAUUUCAUUUUUUUACUUCAUGUUUUUAUUCAGCUCAUGUGUUCCUAAGUAACUGGAAGGUUUAAGUGUGUGUGUUGAUCAAAAAAAAACCUUUUCUAUGAAUGUUAGCCAUCCAACUAGUUUCCUUACACCUACUUCUUUCACCUACUAUAAUAGGAGAGAUAAUGCACAACAAAGUGAAAUCUUGAUUAUCCUACCAUUACUUUGAGCGAUAAAAAUAAAGACAUGAAGAUGGUCAGUCAAUGGCCAAUGAGCAACAGACUUCUAAAGGUAACUUUCUUAUGAUUGAUGCAUUUAUCCAUUGCUGCUAGGGGGGGCUAGCAAAUUUGGCUUCCCAGUUCUGCCUAUGUCGGAAGUGCGGAUAUUCGUAAAAAGGAGAUUUUCAUAUUUCUUUCAUGCAUCCCUGACCUGUGCAUGUAAAUAUAUGGGCAUUACCAAAAGCCUUUGAUUUCUUUCCAACUACUUCCAAGGACAUCUAUUUCUGUGGCAUUGGCAAAAAAUGCAUACAGCGUUUUUAUGUACCUCUGGGUUAUAUUCCCUUAUUUGUGUUGUCUAUAAAUGCCUGUAUUGUCAGUAGGACUUGCAUAGCAUUCUUUUUCUGGCUUGCAUAGUCUUUGCUGAAGUAAAAAAAAAAAAAAAGUUUACACAUCCAUUUUCGUCAUGACACGCCAGCAAGGUAUAAAAAAAAAGUGGGGGAAAAAGACACACAUCUCUUCCUUGUAAAAUUGUACAGUGUGUGGUGAUUUUUUUCAAAAUAGAAAACACAUCUUUUUGUACAAGGCUUUAGACACCAAUUUUGUAAAUGAAAGCCCAGUCUAGUAGAUAGGAGACUAUAAAGAAUUAUGAAAUCCUUAAAAAAAAAAAAAAAA